CUGGGCUAGGCUGAGAGAGUUUCAUGUUGAGUUCAGUUGCCACUUCACCAUCUUCGAUUCUGACUGAAUACCGUUAUUCCCUUCCAUGAAAUUGUUCUACGCAACAAGACCAUUCUCCUCCUCCUCCUCCUCCUCCUCUUCUUCUUCGUGCUCCUCAAAGAACCAUUCACUCCAAACAUUAUUGAAGCGUGGAUUCACCCCUAUCCUGAAAUCCAUCAACAUAUUCCUCCUCUCCCUCCUCCGCCACCGCAAGUUCAACCUCAUCAUCCACCUCUUCACCACUGCCACACUCAUCCCCACUAACCCUACCACCCUCUCCAUCCUCACAUGGGCACUCCUCCAUUCUAGAAGCUUCCAAGAUGCCGAGAAUCUCAUCUUAACUCACUUCACCCAUUCCCAUCCUCGCAUCUGGGACACACUCAUCCGUACCCACCAUGACCCUCAUAGGGCACUCUUUCUUCUACGCUAUUGCCUCCAAAACGGUGCCGUUUUACCCUCUCCUCUCACUUUCUCUUCUCUUAUUCACAGACUCUCUUCUCAGGGGGACCUAGGCAUGACAAUGGAGGCGCUGGAGAUCAUGACAGAUCAUAGGGUAAGGUACCCUUUUGAUGAUUUUGUUUGUAGCUCUGUGAUUUCUGGGUUUUGUAGGAUUGGGAAGCCUGAACUUGCAUUAGGGUUUUAUGACAAUGCUGUGGGUUCUGGGGCACUGUUGAGGCCCGGCUUGGUUACUUUAACUGCAAUUGUUGGUGCACUUGUUAGGUUGGGGAGGCUUGAUGAGGUUUGUGGUUUGGUUAGGAGGAUGGAGGAGGAUGGGAUCGGUUUGGAUGUUGUUUUGUAUAGUGUUUGGGUUUGUGGUUAUGUUAAAGGAAAUGACUUGGUGGAGGUUUUUCGAAAGAUGAGGGAAAUGGUGGUGGUGAAGGGUAUCGAUCAUGAUUAUGUGAGUUAUACUAUACUCAUUGAUGGGUUUUCGAAGUUAGGCGAUGUGGAGAAGUCAUUUGGGAUCUUGGCUAAGAUGAUAAAGGAAGGGAAGGGGCCCAAUAAGGUCACUUACACUGCAAUAAUAUCUGCUUAUUGUAAGAAGGGUAAAGUUGAGGAAGCACGUGGUGUUUUCGAGAGGAUAGGUGAGUUGGGAAUUGAGUUGGAUGAGUUUGUGUAUGCAGUUUUGAUUGAUGGGUAUUGUCGGAUUGGAGAUUUUGGUAGUGUCUUUAAGCUAUUUGUUGAAAUGGAGAAAAGAGGGGUUAGUCCUAGUGUUGUUACGUAUAAUACCAUAAUAAAUGGUUUGUGCAAGUUCGGGAGGACAUCUGAGGCAGAUGAGUUAUCGAAAGAUGUGGCUGCCGAUGUGAUUACGUACAGCACGUUGUUGCACGGUUAUACCGAAGAAGAGAACACUCCGGGGAUUUUGCAGACAAAGCGGCGACUAGAAGAAGCUGGAAUCGCCAUGGAUAUCAUAAUGUGCAAUGUGCUGAUCAAAGCAUUGUUUAUGAUGGGGGCUUUUGAAGAUGUUUAUGCUCUUUACAAAGGAAUGCCAGAAAUGGGCCUGGUUCCGAAUUCUGUUACUUAUUGCACAAUGAUUGAUCAGUAUUGCAAGGUAGGUAGAAUUGACGAGGCACUUGUGGUGUUUGACGACUUCAGAAAAACAUCAUUCUCUUCACCUGUAUGCUACACUAGUAUUAUUCAUGGCCUCUGCAAGAAGGGUAUGGUAGAAAUGGCCAUUGAGGCAUUAGUUGAACUCAAUGAUAAAGGACUGGAGUUAAGUAGAUAUACAUUUAGGAUGUUAAUGAGGACAAUUCUCACUGAAAAGGGUGCAAAAGAGGUUUUAGAUUUAGUUUACACAAUGGAAGGAUUGGGCCAAGACUUAUAUGAGUCAGUAUGUAAUGAUGCGAUCUUUUUAUUGUGCAGAAGAGGAUUUCUUGAGGAUGCAUAUCGCUUGUGCUUGAUGAUGAGAAAGACAGGUUUAUAUGUUACAAGAAACUCUUAUUAUUCUAUUUUGAGAAGCUAUCUUAGUAACAGAGAUAGGGAGCACAUGCUGCCCCUAUUGAAUAUCUUUCUAAAAGAAUAUGGCCUAGUUGAUCCAAUGAUGCGAAGGAUACUAGCAUGCUACCUAUGUUUAAAAGAUAUUCAUAGUGCCCUUCAAUUUAUGGAAAAAACAAUCACCCUUCCGGUCUCCAUCCUCAGGAUUCUGAUAAAGGAAGGUAGAGCUUUAGAUGCAUAUAAGCUUGUGGUAAAGACUCAAGAUAGUUUACAAGUCAUGUAUGCUGAUUAUGCCAAUCUGAUUGAUGCCUUAUGCAAGGGAGGAUAUCUCAAUAAAGCAUUGGAUCUUUGUGCCUUCGUUGAAAAGAAAGGGAUCACUUUAGACAUAGUUGUAUAUAAUUCUAUAAUAAAUGGAUUGUGCCAUGAGGGACGUCUUAUUGAAGCAUUUCGGCUAUUUGAUUCAUUGGAGAAACUUAAUUUGAUACCCUCUGAAAUAACUUAUGCCACAUUAAUUUAUGCACUGAGUAGGGAGGGAUAUCUGGUAGAUGCUGAGCAUGUUUUCAGUAAAAUGGUCCUGAAGGGCUUUCAACCAAAAACACAAGUUUACAAUUCACUACUUGAGGGUAUUUCAAAGUUUGGUCAAUUAGAGAAUGCGCUGGAGCUUCUAAACGAUAUGGAGACAAAAUAUAUUGAGCCUGACAGCUUGACGGUUAGUGCUGUCAUAAAUUGCCAUUGCCAAAAGGGCAACAUGGAAGGAGCACUUCAAUUCUAUUAUGAGUUCAAGAGGAAGGAUGUAUCACCUGAUUUUUUUGGGUUCUUGUACUUGAUAAGAGGCUUAUGUUCAAAGGGACGGAUGGAAGAAGCUAGGAGCGUCUUGAGAGAAAUGCUCAAAUCGAAGAAUAUUGAAGAGAUAAUUAACAUAGUUAACAAUGAGGUUGAUAAUGAGUCAAUAGGUGGCUUUCUUGCCAUUUUGUGUGAGCAAGGAAGUAUUCAAGAAGCCCUUACAGUUCUUAAUGAAAUUGCAAGCACACUUUAUCCUGUUCUAAGGUUAUCUACAUAUAAUCAAGGAGCUCACGCACAGAGGAACAUUUCUGAGCUAAACGCUGGUUUACAAUCUUCAAGGUCUCUAUCCUCCUCUUGUAGAAUUGGUUUGGAUUUCGGAUCUUGUGAUGCUAGCGUUGAAAGUGAUCUUACAAUAAAUAAUGAUAGUCAUGUGACAAGGUCCCGGCCACUCAACUUUGACUUCUAUUAUUCCAUGAUUGCCACACAUUGUGCCAAAGGGGAGCUACAGAAAGCUAAUCAAGUAGCUAAGGGAAUGCUUUCCCACCUAAGGCGAUGAGCUGAACAUAAGAAAGAAGAGAGAAAAUGAAUUCUUUCAAUGUGGGAAAUUCUCUAUUUUUAAUGCCAGGAGAGAUCACACAGUUGACAUCUGCAGCAUCAACCAGAUAAACAAGAAAAUGAUGUCCUAGCCCUCUGUCAUUCCAGUUUCUUUGACCGCACAAGCAGUCUGAAAAGGACAAUAGGGUGCCAAUUGGAGUGCAAGGGAUCCGUAUCUGACCUGUAAGAUAUAUAAAUGAUAAUAGGAGCAGGCACUUGAUUACAUGCUAAUUGCUGCUUUAAGCUUGAGAUUAAAAAAGUCAUGCUCUGCAUUUGUGGAGAUCAAAUGUAAGUACUUUUUCUGGAGACAAUGUUUUUUUAGUAUUUUAAAGUGGAUUGAGUUGUAUUUUCAGUUUGUUCUUUCAUUUCCUUACACUUCUUCCCUCCCUGCCUGAACUUCCUUUUUAACCAGAGAAUGGUUGACUUCAAACAAAUGAAAUCUACCUUACUCCUAAUGCCUUUUGCCCUUCAUGGAGGAGUUUUGAAUGACAAAGAACCAGAAAUGAUUUCAUUCUUAAAUGAGUUAAAUCAGAUCUCUUUUUCUUUUUUGGGUAUUUAGAGAAAAGAAUGAAGUGAUUUCAUAUAUAGAUCAGAUCAUAUUGGGUAUUACUUUAUUUUUUCCCCCAGAUCUUGUCAUUUUCCUAUGUAUUUGAUUGGAAAUAAUUUGGUAUCUAAAUGUUUGAAAAGACUUUUAUACCCUUCUUAAUUUUGGUUCCAUUUUUAGCCCAUUCUUUGAUUGGAGGGAAUUCCCCUUGUUCCGAAGUUGAAACCCUCUAUUUUAUAUGCAAGAUUUAGCUUCCGAUUGGGUCAGUGUGAAGCACGUGAGGCCAUAGAGAAUUUCUUUUAUUACUUUGUCAAACAGGUAUGUUGCCUCAGAUCAUAAAUCUAAGGGAAAGGGAGCCCAGUGCACAGCAUUCCACAUUAUGUUGCCACAGUUACUAGUUUAUACUCGGGUUGUUAUAAUAUGUUGUCACAUUGUGAGUUUGAGCUUUUGGUGAAACAGAUUAUGGUUUGCACUUUUUAUUUUGUGUUAACAUGUUGAUAUCAGAAGUAUGUGAUUUGGUUCUUUAGUUUUCUGAGUCUUCACUACCAUAUUAUCUUUUAUUCAAUUGAUUUCAGAAAGAAUGUAUGCAAUAUACUUUUAGGGACAUGGCAGUUUUUCUUUAACCGUGUUUUUGUUGCUGUAAGCCUGUAAGUAUAAGUCCUUGUUACUUUUCACAUGGCCACAUGCACACGCACAGCAUGUAACCCUUUGUUCUUUGUGAUGCCAAUAGUUGCUUAGUAAUCAAUUGUUCUAAUUCCCAUUGUAUUUUUCAACAGUUAAUUUUACGAUGCACUUUUGAGAAAUAGCAUGGCCUUACUCAGUUGCUGUUGACAUCAGUGUAGAAGUAUUUGGUUCUGAGCUCUCAUUCAAUGCUUAACAGGAAAUUUGGUUGCUUCGUUUUGGAAUGCAUAGACUUCCAUCAGCCACUAAGCAGUUGACAAUGAAUUCUUUGAAAGUAAACAAUCUGGUUAACAAGGUCAUAUCCAACAUUGUAACCCUGCUGAGCCAAUAAGCCGAUAACAGAAGAUCGGUUGUCGACGCCAGUCGCACUGACUGGACCUAUAGCCAUGCAGAAUACGCUGUCUGUGAGCUGUUCAAAGAAGCUUCCAGUGUCCAAAGCCAAAUCUGCACCUUGAGCAAAAUGGAAGGUAACCACUGGAAAUCCAACUAAAUCUCUACUCACAACCCCCAAAUAGCAAUAUAGCCAGGGAUAAGUUUCGAUUAUAACUUUCCUAAAGGACCCGCCGAGGAUAUUCCUAACUUCCUUGUAUAGUAAAUUUGCACAUCAUCAGGUAGGUAGGUGAGCGUAGACCCUGUGUCAAUGAUGACACCACCCGCGUCAUUCUCUUUCAUCUCAAAAGUUGCAGGAGGAAUGUCAAGCCUCCUUUCUCCUACACUUAUGCCUUCCAUGGUGAUGUAAUACAUGCCACGAAGAGCUUGAAAAUGGGUUGGAUAGCCUUCAAGAUCUGCUCCUUCGCCUAGGAUCAGUUGGUUGUAAUUACUACUUUUGUCAGCUAGGCUUCCUAUGCAGUAAGAGAAUUUAUGGCCUAUUUGUGAUGCCAAAGACAUAGGUGCAUUGUUUAGUCCUAGUAUUCCAUUAUACCCUGGAUCAUUAUUGUACACAAUGUCGCGGCCACACCCGAAUUCUAUGUUUGGUAUUUGAAUGGAACCUUCGUCAGAUGUCUCAAAGACUAGCGUUUCAUAGCCAAGGGUUCCUGAUGCAGACGAAUUGUCUGCGUAAGUGAUAAUGAACGGUGACCUAUCCAAGGGGUGGCAAUUGCAGCCUCGAAAGCCGCAAGGUGUCCUGCAUAAUUGGAUGUAGGUGGAAGACUUUGAAGGGCCAAAAAGUUGACCUAAAUGUUGAUCACAAUUCGUGCAAGGGUUGCACAUAAUCCAGAAGAUUUCGCUGGCAGUGUCCAUCACAACUAGCUGUGGGGUGGAAGGUUGGCCUACUGAGAUAUUUGCCAUUAUCGUUCUACCAGACGAGGAGGGAGAAAGUUGAGUCCUAUGGUCGCUGGCGGCCAUAGUUCCUUCAAUCCUCGCAUGCAAAUACAUGACACGUGCAAUGGAAUUUUGGAUGUCGAGUUCGAUCCUUUCUUUGGCUGUUUCACUUUGGUUGUAGUGUGGAUGGUGAACAGAUCUUUGAUGAAUGAGUUUGGUGACCAAUCUUUUAGGCUUUAGCAUUUGGUAAUUUAGCCAAGGAUGUGGUUGUUGAAGAAUUGGUGCUGAUAGAUAUUGAGAAACACCAGGUUGAGAAGGUUAGUAACAAAAGAAUCGAAGUUUCAUGUACAAGUGUCAUUCCACCUUCAGUUAAUUGAAAUGGCUUUUGGCAAGUUGUAGAUACAACUUUCUAAGACAUGUUAAUAUAUAUAGUAAACAAGGAUUUUGUCUAAUAUGUAUAUGUAUAGACAUAAAAUAAGCUUGAAGUCAUUUCUCUAUUAUCAAUUGAAAUGGUUGCAUUGCAGGUAUGAUUUGAACAAAAGAAAAUUGAUGGCAGGUUUGUAAACUAAGAGAGGUUUCAAAAGUGCUGUGCAAAUGCAUGAUUGUUGUGACAUUUUGUUUAAUACAUCCUCUGCUAAACAAUUCUGGAGAACAAGGAGCAUGUGUUAUGGUUUGAUGAUAUUUUUAAGAAGGGAAAUAUUUGUAUAUAGUGACUUCAAUUGACAUUUGAUUAUUGCAGUCUAAAUAAAUGUGGAUUUAACUUGAAUAUGCAUGGAGUGGAUUG